UGUCAACUCUGGCAAAAAAAAACGGUGUAGUCUGGCAACGCUACGCAAUGGUACUGGUGCUAAAAAUGUUGAAGAACAUAUACGUAACGCCGUUAAAUCUGCUUAAAUCGGUCUCCAGCCUGCAUCAGCAGGUGCGGACCACGUUCAUACUAAAGCGAAAAUAUGACCCGCCGCUCCACAAAACUAAUGAGAAGCCUCACCGAAUGCGGGCGAAAUACUUCAUUUACGACCUGGUGGAGGACACGCUGGUAAAAAAGCGGCCCAACAUGGAGGUGGUACUGAAAACAUUCGUCGAGGGCGUCGGCGACAAGGGCGACGUUGUGUCUAUGAAACCACACUUCGUCUACAACAAGCUGCUGCUGCCAGGAUUGGCCGCCUACAAUACGCCGGAGAAUGUGGCCAAGUACGCCAAGACAGCGGCCGAAAAAUCCGCCGUAAAGCACAGCUCGGCCUACGCCCAGCGGACAGUCAAUAUGCUGGAGUCUAUUGUCCUUGCUGUGGUAAUGAACAAGGACGAACCCUGGUUGCUGGAGCCCUGGCACAUCAAAGCCUCGCUCCGCAAGACCGGCUUUCACUGCAGCGAGGAGUGCAUCACCCUGCCAAAGGAGCGCAUUGAGGGCCCCGAUCUAAAGAAGGAGAACAAGGACUUCUACUGCACCGUGACAAUUAACAAGCUGGAGCAAGCAAGGGUUAAGUGCCGCCUUCAUCACUGGAGCACGGAUCCCAGCGAACGGCUGCCCUACGUCCUAGAGCACUGGAAGCUUCAGUCCGAGCCCCUUCUGAGUGUGGGUUCGCCUGAAAAGAGCGAAUAGGCUAUAGGCAAAUAAAGGCGAUUGUUAAAAAAAAA